CCCAUCACGUAUGAGACCCUACUUCCUAAAUGCCGGUACUGACCGUAUCUGGGUUCUCGCCUACAGACUCCUCCGCGAAUUACUUAUUCAAGAAGUCCACGAUUCUAACCUCUCCGGUCAUUUUGGGGUUGAUAAAACCCAGAAGUUACUUCACCGUUUUUAUUAUUGGCCUGAUUCGGCAUCUGAUGUGCAGCGAUACGUCUCCGCGUGUCCGAUCUGCCAACGCAUGAAGUCUUCCCGACGGCGGCCAGCUGGACUGCUGCAACCGCUAGAGCCACCCCAGCGACCGUGGCAACAUGUGACGAUGGACUUCGUCACGGGGCUCCCGGCCGCCGCCACGGGCAACGACGCCGUUCUGGUCGUCGUCGAUCGUCUGACGAAGAUGGCACACUUCGCACCCUGUCGCACAACAAUCACAGCCGAAGAUAUAGCGAAGCUUUUCAUCUCCACCGUUGUUCGUCUACACGGCCUACCCUCAGCGAUCAUCAGCGACUGCGACCCAAAAUUCACGUCCAAGUUCUGGCAGGAGACAUGGGGGCAGUACGGCACAUGCCUCCAAUUUUCCUCCGCCUACCAUCCCCAAACCGACGGACAGACAGAGCGAACCAAUCAAACCAUGGAGCAGCUGAUACGCACCAACUGCCCGGAUCCUGCCCGGUGGGAAGAAUUCCUGCCCAUGCUGGAAUUUUCGUACAACAAUGCCCCAUCCGCCACGACUAAUUACUCGCCGUUUUUUCUAAACUACGGCAUGGAUCCGACAGUCCCGACGACUACCAACAUCGACAACCCAGUGCCACUGUAAGGAAUUUUAUUCCUUACCGGAUUG